CACCGAAGCCAACCUUUGUUCAGGCACUGUUCAGUCUCCACUCCUUCUCUGGCAAUUCUCGUCCAUCUUUGCAUCGGACGUUUCAACCAACCAACAACCUUCCUCAUCGACAUCAACACAGAGCCGCACAGGAAACAGCAGACAAAGCAGCAAAACACUUUCAUAUAUCGCCUUCAUCAUGGGUAAAAAACAGUUUAUCGACAGGAAGAACGCCCGCCACUUCCAUCUAGUCCACCGCUCCCAGCGAGACCCUCUUUCUCGCGACGAGUCUGCACCCCAGCGAGUGCUCAAGGAGGUUAUCCCUGCCAACCUAAUUGGCAAGGUCAAUAUCCCUCGCGAGGAACACGACGACUUUUCGGAUGAUGAUCAGGAUAUCUUUGGUGGACGAGGCGACGAUGAUGGUGUCAACUAUGGCACUUACGACCGUGCGAACGAGGAAGUCGAGCUGCUUGAGGCGCCGACCCUUACAGCCGCUAAGAAAAAGAAGUCCACAACUGGAAAGAAUGAAGAAAAAAUCGGUGAAGCAGCAUUGUUGGGACUUGUCGGCGACGAUUUCAACGACGGCUCAUACGACUACACACAGCACAUGAGGGAAAUCGGCAAGACUUCGGACGCCGUCUUCAUGGCCGCCCCCAAAGUUGCCGCUCAACAGAAGAAGGCUGCUCAGUCACGCGGAAUCCAGUUCACAGACGUAGACGCUGCACAGGAGAUGGCCACCGUGGAACAAUCCCAAACCUCAACCAGCAAAUCCGCCAAUAAGAAGGCUUUGAAUCUACCAUCAGAGGUCCUUCCUUCGAGAGAGGAGCUGGAUUUCGCGGAUGUUUAUCAGAGUGCUGUGCCCAUGGGUUUGCAACCGGACAUGCCCUUUGAUAUUCGAGAGACACUGGAGGCUUUGGAAGACGAGGCGUUUGUGGACGGAGAGCUGGACGAGUCGUUCUUUGACCAGUUGGACGAAGAUGGCAAUGAUUUUGAUUUUGGUGAUGGCGAGGGCGACGAGUACAAUGAUGAGGAUGAGGAAGAAGAGGGCGCUGAUGGAUGGGAGGCUGAUUUCAAAAAAUUUAAAAAGGCACAAAAGUACGCCUCAGACAACGAGUCAUUUGAGGGAUCCGACGACGGAUAUAGCCAAACCUCCAGAUCCUCACGUCGUCCCGCUGGGGCCUCCGCUUCAACCUUUUCCAUGUCUUCAUCUGCCAUGUUCCGUAACGAGAACCUGACGCUUCUAGACGAGCGAUUCGACAAGAUCGAGCGUGAAUACGAGGAGGAUUCGUCGGAUGAGGACGAUGAGGAUGAGCCACGGGAUUUCAAGGCGGAGGAGUUGCGCAAGGAUUUUGAUUCGAUCCUAGAUGACUUUUUGGACAAGUUUGAGAUCGUGGGAUCGAAGAUGGUUCCCCGGUUAGAGGGCGCAACUUCGGAGAACAAGCUGUCUACUAUCCGUAACGCACUCUUGGUUGACGAGGGCGAGGAGGAGAAGUCAGUCGCAACGACAGUCGGGGGUACGAGGCGGCCAAAGAAGAACUUGGACGAGGAUAUGGCCACAGAGCUACAGACGGAUUUCCGGAGUCGAGCUGAAAGGAUGCGAGACAACUGGGAUGUUCAGACCAUUCUCAGUACAUACUCCAAUUUGGAGAACCACCCUGGCAUGAUCAAGGAGCAGCAUCGCCGCAGGAUACAGAUCGACCCAAAGACAGGCAUGCCAAUCGUUACAGAAAAGCUCUCAAAGAAGGCGCUCCAGCGCAGGAAAGAAGUUGCAGAGGCAGAGGCCGCUGCUCGUGCUGCGGAGAAUGGCGAGCAGAACAGUGAUGACGAGGAGGAGUCUGAGGAAGAAGAAGAGGAAGAGCCUGAGAACCUGGGAACGAAGCGCAACAAGGCCGAGACAAAGGAAGAAAAGAAGGCAAGGAAAGAGGCGAUCAAGCAGGAGAAGCGGGAGCGGCGUGAGACUAAGAAGGCGACCAAGGCCGCGUUUGCGAACGAAAAGACACGACAGGAGAAGGUCAUGAAGAACCUGAAGAAGGGACAGGGUGUUACGCAUUUGGAUUAAACGGUGCAGCAUCGGCAUGUCCAAUAUCUCUCGCAUUGUUUUUCAUACUGUUUUGCAUUCCUCCAUCCUGCAUAAAGCAUCUACUAUAGCA